AUGGCUGGGAUCACAUUCAGCCCGUCUAAGGACAUACCCUCACUAUCCGGCAGAGUUAUCCUCAUCACCGGCGCUAAUACUGGUCUGGGGAAGGAGUACGCGCUGAAUCUCGUCAAGCAUAGGCCCGCAGAAGUGUGGCUCACGGCUCGGGAUGACGCGAAAGGUCAAGCCGCACUCUCGGAUGUGAAAGGCCAAGCUUCCCCAGAAACAAAGGUGUCGCUGUUGAAUCUCGACCUCUCGUCGUUUGCUUCAGUCAAAGCUACCGCAGAUGCCUUCAUUCGCUCCACAACAAGGUUGGACAUCUUGUUCCUCAAUGCGGGAAUGAUGGGUUGUCCGCCAGCGGUGUCUGUCGACGGUUACGAAAUCCAGUUCGCAACCAACCACUUGGGGCAUGCUUUGCUUCUCAAGCUGCUGACGCCCUUGUUGUCGAAGACUGCAGAGACCGUGCCAGCUGCCGACGUUCGCGUUGUGAGCCUCUCCUCCGUCGGCUACAAGCACGUGACUUCCGGGACAAUCCAAUUCGACACGCUCCAAGACGCGGCAAAGAUUCUCGACCCCAACGUCGUCAGCCCCGUGCAGAGAUACACCCAAUCCAAGCUGGCCAACUUGCUUUACGCACAGGAGUUCGCCAAACGCCACCCACAGUUCACGACUGUUUCGGUUGACCCAGGUGCGGUAACAACUGAGUUGUUUUCACGCGAGCCAGGCGACGAGCAGAUGAAGAUGCUGCAGACUGUCCUGGCACCGAAGCAUGGCAAGCCGCUCGUCGAAGGGGUAAAGAAUCCGCUAUGGGCAGCGACAGCAAGCUCGGAGUUGGUCCAGAGCGGCAAGUUCUAUGAGCCAGUUGGGAAAGAGGCCUUGGAAGGCGCUGGCUUGAACACAGCUCUUGCCAAGACGUUAUGGGAGUGGACAGAGGAAGAGCUGCGAAAGCACUCGUAA